UAAAGACAAAAAAGAAAUUAUUUCAACAUGAAAAAUAUAUCAUUAUUAAUUGCUUUGUUGGCUGUUAGCCUGAGAAUAACUAUGGCUCAAAAUGGAUACAACUAUGAUAGACCUGCAAGUGGUGCUGGUGGAUUCCAGCCACAAGCUCAAGGUGGAUUCCCAACAACGCCAACUUAUUCAGCUCCAGCAUUCUCACCAAAUCAACCAAGUGCACAAGGUGGAUAUAAUUAUCCAGGUCAGGCUGAUACAGAUUUCCCAACAGCACCUCCAAGUGGUACAACUGGAUAUCCAUCAGGUCCACAACAACGACCAACAAAUGUCGGUGCUAGUUCGUAUGCUCCACCACAAAGUGGACCAGCUAGUGGACCAUAUCCAGGACAAGGACAACCACAAAGACCUGUAAUUGCAAGCGCAUCAUUCGGUGGACCAGCUGUUUCAGGCCCAAGCGGUUUCGGACAAGGAAAUAUUGUAGGUGGUGGAUUCCAAAGCGGUCCCGGUUCAGUAUCUUCAUCAUCAUCAUCUUCAGGUGGAUCAUCAUCAGGUCAGCAAGAUGAGAGCCAAGAAGGAGAUUACUCAGCUAUUCCCGGAGAACCAGAUGUUGACUAUCCAAUCUACUCAGAAAUUCCAGAAACUUCAUUUGACUGUAAUCAACAAGAAUAUCCAGGAUACUAUGCUGAUGUUGAAGCUAGAUGUCAAGUCUUCCAUAUCUGUGCAUUAAACAAAACUUUCGAUUUCCUCUGUCCAAAUGGAACAAUCUUCUCACAAGAAACUUUAGUUUGCGUCUGGUGGAAUCAAUUUGACUGCAAUUCAGCUCCAGGACUUUAUGCUAACAAUGCUAAUUUGUAUGAUAACUCACAAACUGGACAACAAGCAGGUCAAGGUGCAGUAGCUAACGAUUUUGCUGGUCCAACUGGAGCUACUGGUCCAUAUCCAGCACCAGGACGUCCACAAACUCCAUCAUUUGGCUCAACAGGUCCAACAGGUCCCAACACAUAUCAACCAUCAGCUCCAGCAUCAGGAGGAAACUACCCAGCACAACAAGGACCAUAUCCAAGCGCUGGUGGUCAAGUUCCUUCAUCUCAGGGACCAUAUCCAAGUGCUGCAGCUCAAGCCCCACAAGGACCAUACCCAAGUGGUCAAAAUCCACCAGCUCAAGGUCCAUAUCCAAGUGCUGGAGGUCCAUCAAAUGUGCCAUCAUCAUACAAUCCACCACAAGCCGAUACAUCUUACCCAGCUGCCGGAGCUCCACAAACACAAACAACACCAAGUCGCGACUACUUGCCACCAAGACGAGGAUAAAGAGUUAUUUCAAUGAAAAAGGUUAUGCUUCUAUGAUUACUGAUAAACUGAUUAAUUAAUUAAUUCAUCCCUGCUUUAAAGUCAUUUUUAUACUACGACAUUCUAUCAUACAUAAAUAUGCUUAUCUUUCUACAUUAAUUAUUACUUAAUGAUCUCCUUAUUAUUUACUACUUUAUAAUAUUUUUCAUAAUCUCCUCUCUGAUUAGUUUUUGGGAUUUUCCUGUUGUCAUUAUGUUGAAGGAAGGAAUUAUUGAGUAAACUUAGUAUGAUCAGGAAAUAGAGAUUCAAUAGUGAUUUAUGUUUUUGGCUGCAAAGUGAUAAGUUAUUGGUUGUAGUGAUACAAUUGGAAAUUACUCAAUAGUUCCUUCUGAGUUGUGCUGAUUUUGUUGUGGAACAGAUUACAUGCUUCUUAUUUAGCUCUUUUGGCUUUUAAAUCUGUAAAAUAAACUUUAAUAUUUUCAAAGAAUCAGGCACUGUUCAACAUAUUGUCUUAGCUUCGAAAUAAUAUAAAUCUUAGUUCAUAACUCCUAGUUUAGUAGUCUUCAACAGCAAAAUAAGCAAACCAAUCAGCAUAUCAUCAAAUGUAAAAUCCCAAAUCUAUAGAAAAAUCACCCAACAUUUUAAUACUACACCUGUCACCUCCUAUUCCUUAUAAUUCCUGCUAUAAAAAAAAACUAAAGUUACCAUUCCAUAAACCCUAUAAAUACUUGAUACUUGUACAAUUGACCAACCCCUACCCUCAUAAUCCCCCGCCAAACAAAUGGAUCUACAAAUUAGACAAACAAAAAAACAAACAAUCAACAUAAGAAUAAGGCACGCAGACACAAUUGAUCACACUCGAGAAUUAAAUUUCAAUGCUUUUUUUUUAUCAAUGAAAUUAUGUUUUGCAAAUGAUUCAAUUAGUAAUUGACAGACGAGCACAAAGUAAUUAUGAGCUAAGUCACGAGUGCAAUAAAUGUAAAGCGAGACGAGAUAAUCGCAAUAUUGACCUUUCGAGGCAAGAAGAACGGGAACAGAAAAUAGAGAAAAACCGCAAAAAAAAUUGCUCAUGUAAAGCUUUGCAUUCGUGACUUUGACAUGACGACAAAUUGAUCAUCUAUACGGGAAGAUGGAAUCAAUUAAUCAUCAUUAUUAUAAUUUUUUGUUGGUUAUAAAAAAAGCAUUAAAUUAAAUUCAAAUUUACCAUAUUGUACUACAUUUAUAUAUAUUGAUAGAGUUAAAGGAAAUAUUGAAGAUUUUCAAAAUGAGAAUAUUAAAAAAAAUCACAAAAAAAAUUACAAAUAUUUUUUAAUGAAUAUAAUAUUCAUGUAUAAAGCCAUG